AUGUUGAACAAUGGGAACUUUUCUUUGGUUGGUUCAGGUUCAAUAAUUCCAUUGCAACAAUCAAAUGCAUUUGCAAAGAAAGAAACUUCAACACCAAUCAACUCAAGUAACCAUGGCCUUGUUCCCAAUUUGGUUGCAACAAAAGUCAACAUGCCAAUUUCAAAUGUGACAAAAAUCAUGAGACAAAUUCUUCCAAUUAAUGCAAAAAUUUCAGAGAGUGCUAAGGAGAUGAUUCAACAAUGUGUUACAAAGUACAUAGCCUUUGUCACUAAAAAAGCCAAGGAACGAUGCCAAAGCGAUUAUAGAAAAAUUAUGAAUGUUGAGGACCUUUUAUGGGCCCUAGAGGAGCUGGGCUUUGAUGACUAUGUUGGGCCUCUCACUGUUUUCCUCCAACGCUAUCGUGAGGAGCCCAUUCUUCCAAGUGUAAAGCAAAGCAUUGACAAUAGUGGGCCUAUUACUGGGCCGGAGGCUGGUACAAAGCCCACUGUUGAAAUAGUUCAACCAUCCUUAUCACCACCACUUGGCUCUUCUGGGCCAGACUUUUCCAUGGACCCAAAUUCAAAAAUGGAAAUUUUUGACCCAAAUGACAUAAAUGAAGUCAUUAAUGGGUUCUACAUGGAUGGGUUUGAUGUUGGUUCUUUGGACAGUGCUUUGACCAACUUUGACCCCUCCUCUUCUUUCAAACAUGAUUGA